CCCGGAAGAAGAUUUCUCACUGACGGCUGCUUUACUCCACAACAACUCCAGUGCUUAAAGAUCUGACAAACCGAGACGGCUUGCCACAAGCCACUAUGGCUGGAACAGCUUUAAAAAGAUUAAUGGCUGAAUACAAACAGCUGACUCUGAAUCCUCCAGAGGGCAUUGUUGCGGGUCCAGUGAAUGAAGAAAAUUUUUUUGAAUGGGAAGCCUUGAUCAUGGGGCCAGAAGACACAUGUUUUGAAGGUGGAGUUUUCCCUGCCAUUCUGAGUUUUCCCUCAGACUACCCCCUCAGUCCCCCCAAGAUGAAGUUCACCUGUGACAUGUUCCACCCCAAUAUUUACCCAGACGGGCGUGUAUGCAUCUCGAUUCUGCAUGCCCCAGGUGAUGACCCCAUGGGGUAUGAGAGCAGUGCUGAGAGGUGGAGCCCUGUACAAAGUGUGGAGAAGAUACUGCUGUCUGUGGUCAGCAUGCUUGCAGAGCCAAAUGAUGAGAGUGGAGCCAAUGUGGAUGCCUCCAAGAUGUGGCGGGAGGACAGGGAGCAGUUCUACCGGCUCGCCAAGCAGAUCGUCCGCAAAUCCCUCAGCCUCUGAUCAUCUCUCACACACACACACACACACACACACACACACACACACACACACACACACACACACACACACCCACACCCACGGCCAGGUAGAUUCAACCAUGGACCAUGGAAACUAUCGCUUUCACAUCACCCCCUUUCACUGCCCCACCUGCCCUGUCGUCUACCCCAAAGGAUGUGCAAAGAACAGCUACCUAGAUCUCCCACCACCACAUCUAAACUCCUUUCCCUUCUGCUAUCACACUGAGCACUUUAUCUGAACCUGUUUUCUGUCCUCUACAGCUGAAUCGAAGGAUGCAUGGCUGUUGAAGAGAGAGACUUCCUCAUAAAUCAGCUGAUUUCCUGCAAAACAUUCACUGCACUGGGUCUUAAGACAGUGUUUGAGCUUCUAUCUGAAUAUAAUUAAAGGAUCUGAGUAGAAUUAAAGGAACGGUCCUUUCGUCAUUUCCAUGGCGGUAUAAAACCAUGGAUAUUAUUCAGUCAGAUAUGUUUGUUAAUGUUUGAUAAUAUCAAAUCUAUUCUUUUGAGAAGACAACAUGAAUAGUGUGACAAUUUAUCCAUGGGUUUAUUAAUGAUUAGUUUGACUGGAUUUUAAGUGAUUGUUGAAUAGAUACUCUGGAGUGUAGAUAUAUGCAAAUAAAAAAUGAACUGCAAUUCA